UUAUGGCGAUUUUUAGGUUUUUAUUUCUGUCGUCUGUUUGUACCUUUGGGCUUGUCUGCACUGAGGACGUGCAAGUUCAGGAGCGACUGUUUUUAAGUUCACUGGGGCUUUCGAGUCGACCUAGGCCGUCAAGACGUGGUUCUGUGCCCUCACUGUUGUGGAGGAUCUUUAAAAAGACUGAUCAAACACGAGCGGAGACUGAUCCGGAUCCGUGCACGGUGCCGGAGUACGGAGUGAGGGGGAACAUCGUGAGAUAUGUCCUGGACCAAGGUAGACUCAUUUCUGACUCCAGCAGCCAUGGUGUGGAGAAACAUCUGUUUUUUAACAUGUCUGUGCUGGAGGACGUUGAGCAGCUUACAUUUGCCCAACUGGAGUUGAAGUUCAAACCAGACCUUUCCCGCUUGUCCCACCAUGUUGGUCAGCACACCUUCAGCAUGCACCUCUACAAGGUCUUGAGGACCCAGUUAAAAGGCAUGAACCAUGAAUCCAGUCGCAGAUUGCUGCUCUCCCAGUCCGUUCAGUACACCCACAGCACCACUGUCCACUUCAACCUGACUGACCUCGCUGAGUGGUGGAGGAAGCCUGGCAAGAACUACGGGCUGGUCCUUGUACUCCAGUCCCCACAGAUAAGCAACAAGCUAGACCCGCUGGACUAUGACCCUGGUCUCGCAGACAUCCCUGAACUAGUCACCUCGCUGGUGGUCGUGUCUUUGAACCCUUACCAGUGUACAUCCAGAAAGAAGCGAAGCGCCUACUAUGUUCCAGUGAGCCCCAGCAACGUGUGCAAGCCGAGGCGUCUCUACAUUGACUUCAGAGAUGUCGGCUGGCAGGACUGGAUCAUCGCGCCCCAGGGCUAUGUGGCCAACUACUGCCAUGGAGAGUGCCCUUUCCCUCUAAGCGAGAGCCUGAACGGGACCAACCAUGCCAUUCUGCAGACCCUGGUGCACUCCUUUGAUCCCAAAGGGACCCCUCAGCCCUGCUGUGUCCCAGUCAAACUGUCUCCCAUUUCUAUGCUGUACUAUGACAAUAAUGACAAUGUGGUUCUCAGGCAUUAUGAGGACAUGGUGGUGGAUGAAUGUGGGUGCAGAUAG